AACAACGCCAGGCUGCCCACACCCAACCCUCAGCCUCCAUCUGGUUGCCUCUCACUUGCAAACUCUGUCGCUGCCGCAAUGUCAAACAACGGGAUCCGCCGCAAGGACACUACCAAAGGUCCGCCGCUGCGCAUUUUGUCCUUGGAUGGCGGGGGCGUGCGCGGAUAUUCCAUGCUCAUCAUCCUGCAACAGCUCAUGCACCGAACAUUCGUUGAAACCGAGGGGAGAGCGCCAAAACGAAACGAAAUCCCGAAACCAUGCGACCACUUUGAUCUUAUCGCCGGCACUGGUACCGGCGGCUUGAUCGCCAUCAUGCUUGGGCGCCUGAGGAUGGACGUUGAAACCUGCAAAGACGUUUACGUGCGCAUGACGAGGAGAGUUUUUGAGACCGAUAAGACGUUUGCCGGGAUACCGUAUAGGUCCACACUGUUCAAAGCUUCGAAACUGGAAGAAGCCAUCAUGGAGUGCGUGCGGGAACACACCAUCUACGACGACGAGGGCAACGAUAGCGAAAACGGAAGCGGCAUGCUGUCUUCACAGGAUUUACGCGUACCCAUGUCUCCAGGCAGCGCCGGUCCCAGGAUGAACAGGAGUGCCAGUAAUGCUAGUAGGUACAGCCAGAUUGGCAUGACGCCUGUGAACAUGCGCAUGGCAGCUUUGAAAUGGGGUAAUCCAAACGCACGCCUAUACGACAACAGAGAAGAGCGCACCAAAUGUGCAAUCACCGCCGUCUACAAAGGCUCAAAGAGUCCCAAGAAUGGUCAGGUCUUUCUCCGAUCCUACGACUCGCGAAAGGAAACUUCGAUCGAGCCCAAUGCGUCCAUAUGGCAAGCUGGCAGAGCAACAUGCGCAACUGCCCUUGCUUUCAAGCCUAUUCAGAUCGGGCAGUCUGUAUUUCUCGAUGACGGUGUUGGCAAGUAUAAUCCAGCACCAAUGGUUCUCGAUGAAGCCGUUGUGAACGAAUGGCCCGGACGUGAAGUAGGUGUCUUCAUCAGUAUUGGAACUGGAAAACGUCCUGAAGGCACAAACUCACAGCAACACUUGUGGUGGGAAGGUUUCGUCUCGAGCGGAGUUGGCGACUUCGCAGAGGCAAGAAGAAGGCUCAUCAGCAAGAUUGAGGAUUGCGAAAAGACGCACCUUGCUAUGAAGGAUCACUUGGCAAAGCGGCAAGUCAACCCCGAACACUACUACCGCUUCAACGUCGAUGUUGGUGUGGGCGAGUUUGGCAUGAAUGAAUGGCAUCGGCUUGCCGAGAUCAGUACCAACACCCGCAUGUACCUGUCGGACCCAACGAAUGAGGGAAGGACCCGCGACGCCGCCGGAAAGAUGGCCAGGAUAUAUCGCGCCAAAAUCCGAUGGGAGAGAGCGGAGAUGAAGUCGCAGGCUGGUCUGUCUGAGAUCCAUCCAGCCUUGAGACCGCUGUCAUGGGAGUCAAACACUAAUACCCUCUCGCCCAUCCCAGAUGCUUCGCCCCUGGCUGUUGAGCUCCCUGCCGAAGAGGUGACACCUGAUUAUUACAGUGACACCCACUCUCCACAUUCUCAAGCGUUUCGUAUUUCGCCAUCGGUGUAUCGUCGGCCCUCAGACAACGAAAAGUUCGCCAUCGUUUCCUCCGAUGAAUACCCCCAACCUAUCUCCAGCCUGGAUCCCCGACACUCGGGAGAACUCGUUGACCCCAAUCGUCGGUCUGACGAGCAAUUUCAAGUCGGCUCCAUGCCCGGUUCUCCUCGCAUCAGCAUCGAUCAAGUCGGUAGGCAUAGUCCGCCGCCACGUCCACCAAAGACCCCACUUCAAAAUGAUACGAGACCAUCUCACUUGACAGGCUCACCUAUACUUCCUCCGCCAACAUCAGCCCUUCCUAGACCACCACCGGGCGCGCCGCUACCUUAUCCUGAAUCGGACGGGCCACCGCCAGUCAACAUGGCGCGGAAACCGGAAUUUUCACGCUAG